AGUUUUAAAAUCAAUUCAAAAUAAAGGAAACUUUUUGUUUCCAUAAAAGGAAUUAAAAGAAGAAAACCGUACGUAAAUUAAUAUGUUUAACUGAUAACAAUUUAUUUAUUUUUUAUUAAAACAGGAAAAUACGAUAUACAUAUGUAGUACAAAGAUAUAGUAGAAAACGGCAAGUAAUAAUGGAAAUAAGCAGCAGAAAUUAUGAUGUACGAAGCAUUAAGUUAGAUUUAUUAAAAGGAAUUAGAGAAUGUUCACAAAGAGGGCUUUACCACAGCGUUAAAUGGUUAAGUGAAUUAAAUUUUUCGAUUUCCAAAAUUACAAUAAUUGAAGAAGUACCUAUAGAUUACUUUAAUUGUGGGGACGAACUUGAAAAUUAUUUGUUAGCCAAGUCAUAUUUCGAUCUAAAAGAAUAUGACAGGUGUGCAUUUUUCACCGAGAAUUGUUGUUCACCUAAGUCACAAUUCCUUAAUUUUUAUUCUCGGUAUUUAGCAAUUGAAAAAAGGAAAUUAGAUAAUAUGACGGACGUUAACUGCCCUCCAGACCCCACGAAAAAUAGCGCAUUAAGGGAUCUAGCUGCUGAGUUGAAAGAGAAGUACACUAACAAAAGGCUGGAUGGAUAUUGUUUAUAUUUAUAUGGUGUAAUUUUGAAAAAAUUAGAUUUAAAUUCUCUUGCAAUAGACGUUUUUGUGGAGGCAGUUAAUGUUGAGCCACUUCAUUGGGGUGCCUGGCAAGAGUUAGCCUUUUUAGUCCCUAAUAAACACAAAUUGAAUUCUCUACUUCUUCCUGAUCAUUGGAUAAAGUUAUUUUUCUUAGCACAUGCUUAUUUGGAACAGUUAAACAAUGAAGAAGCCUUGCAGUUGUAUUACAAUUUACAUUCUCAGGGAUUUGAAAAAAGCACAUAUAUAAUGGCUCAAAUGGCUAUUGCAUAUCACAAUCGUAGAGAAUUAGAUAAGGCUAUUACAACAUUCAAAGACUUACUAGCAUUAGAUCCUUUUCGUUUAGAUAACUUAGACACUUAUUCUAAUUUAUUAUAUGUGAAAGAAAUGACUACUGAACUGGCAGAUCUUGCUCAUAAGGCAGUUGACAUAGAUAAAUAUCGUGUGGAAACAUGUUGUGUAAUAGGAAAUUACUACAGUUUAAGAUCAGAACAUGCAAAAGCAGUGUUAUAUUUUCAAAGAGCUCUGAAACUUAAUCCCCAGUAUCUUUCUGCAUGGACUUUGAUGGGCCAUGAGUAUAUGGAAAUGAAAAAUACCAAUGCAGCAAUACAAAGUUACAGACAAGCAAUAGAGGUUAAUCGACGUGACUACAGAGCUUGGUAUGGACUUGGACAAACGUAUGAAAUUCUCAAAAUGCCAUUUUAUUGCAUUUAUUAUUACAAACAAGCUCAGCAGAUGCGUCCAAACGAUAGUCGAAUGAUAAUAGCUUUGGGUGAAACAUAUGAAAAGUUGGAGAAAUUUGAAAAUGCUCUAAAAUGCUAUUAUAAAGCUUGCAGUGUUGGUGAUAUAGAAGGAAUGGCGCUUAUAAAGUUGGCCAAAUUAUAUGAUAAAUUAAACGAACAUGACAAUGCUGCUGCAGCUUAUACAGAAUACUGCUUAAAGGAGGCAGAACAACAACGUACUUCUUAUGAAGAUAAAAAUGAGUAUUAUAUGGCCUUGCAAUACUUAGCAAAUUAUCACUUAGAAAAGGGACAAUUAGAAGAUGCUUCUACUUGUGCCUACAAAUGUUUGGAACAUGACGAAACUAAGGAGCAAGGAAAAGCUUUAUUGAAAGCUAUAGCAGCUAAAAGAGGUAAACAAGAAAUGGAACCAGUGCCAAUGGAUGAAACUGGAAAUAUUUCAAAUAUAUCAGUUGACAGUAGUGUAAGCAAUAUGGAUAUGGUAUUUUCUCCAAAUACUUAAUAAAGUUUGUGCAGAUUUGUAUGUAAUUAAUAAAUAAUUAUUUCUUUA